AUGGUGGCAAGAGUCAACUCGAACCUGACGCGCACCUUGCCUCGUCCGGCCAUCUCUCGGCGAUGGGCGCACAUACCUGCUCGCCCGUUGCACCCGUCUACGCCGCCUCCUCCGCACCUGCUUUCAGUCUUCAGUCCGCCGUUGCACCGUCUGCCUCGCUCAUCUCUCGCUCCUGGUCCUGAGCUGUCGAUCCCCGGGUACAAAUGCUCCACACACGUCUUUCCGGCUGCAUGGCCGCGCAGUACCCCGCUCGUUCCGUUCCCAGAUGAUCUCCGAGACGAUAUUCCGCGUGCGCUCGAGAGCAAGGAAGAGAGACGCGCGCGCUUGGCCCGUGGCGUUGAUGCGAUGCUCACCCUGAAGCGCUCGCAAGAACGUGAAGCUGGCCGUACUCUCGAUCCCGACCAACGCAUGCUCUGGGUCACUGCGACGCGCUGGGUACGCACCGGUCCAUCACUCGGUAACGGAAACAAGACCGUUCUGUGCACCCAUGGCAAUGGUAUGCACGCCGGUACCUUCGCACCGACACUUCGGCGCCUACUGUCACGAAGGUCGGACAUUGCCGAAGCUUGGGCGCUUGACGCCGUUCAUCACGGUGAUGCCGGUUUGCUCAACGCUGGUAACCUCGGCGCACUCUUCGACUGGCGGGACACGGCUCGCGAUGUGCUUUGCCUCCUGCAGCACUUCUUGCCUCCGACGCCGACCCUCGGGCCCUUACCUACGGUUCUCACUCGCACCUACGGCAAACCGCGCCGGGUGUUCGGGCUCGGUCAUUCCUUUGGCGGCGGUGUUCUCGCGCUCGCCGCAACGCGCCACCCUGAGCUCUUCAGCGCUCUCAUGCUCGCUGACCCCGUCAUCGCCCCGUCCGAGCUGGACCGCACUAUCCAGCGCGAGCCGGGAUGGGUGGCACCCGAUGGCACGCGGACGAUCUCCGGAUAUCCAUCACUGCACGGAUACACCCUCGGCGCUCUGGGACGGAGAUCAGUCUGGCCGUCUCAGGCCGCUGCGCUCGAGGCGCUCGCGGCGCACCCGGUCUUUAGCACAUGGCACAGGGACGCGCGCGAGGUCUACGUCAAGCAUGCGAUGGUCGAAGGCCAGGACGGCCAAGUGCGCUUGAAAUGCGAGGGCAAGCAAGAGGCGGCUGUGUAUGUAGAGUCGCGCGCGGCGAAUGAGGCCUGGAGUGCGCUGCCUUUCCUCGACGAGCGCGUUCCGCUACUAUGGGUCAACCCACCGGCCGGCGAGAGUAUCGCACAGACUCGCGAGAUCGCGGCCGUUCGUGUACGCUUGCGGCCUGCGAACAGCGCGCAUGUUAUCGUCCCGAACGGGUUGCAUCUGAUAGUUCAGACGAACCCUCGUCAAGUCGCCGACGCGGUCAAUGUCUUCAUGGACGCCGUCAAAACCAACACCGUCGGCUACGCCCGCGCGUUCAGAUUGCCAGAGACGGAGAGUACCGUCCUACCGCAGAUCAACCACCAACGCACACCACUUCCGCGCUGGGAUAUGCCUCCCCCGCGCAGGGUCGGCCAGCUUCUCGCACAAGUAUAG